AUGGGGGCUCCGGUUCGGGAUGUAGACCCCACUCCGCUCGAUGAUCCCUCCGCUUCAGUGGAACUGGACUGUGGAUCGUCGCCAGAGGCUCCGGUCCGUGGAUCGUCGCUGGAGGAACCGGACUGUGGAUCGUCGACGGAGGCUCCGGACCGUGGAUCGUCGCCGGAGGCUCGGGACCGUGUAUCGUCGCCGGGGACACCGGACCUCCAUUCAGUGAUACGUCUCCUGGCGGCAUGUAUCACCUUUGUGAAUAACCUACCCAUGUUACUGACCAACUCAAUUGUGAAGUGCUGGAACUUCACAGUGUUCUGCAUUGUCACCCUGAUGGACAGCGUAACACUUUUGGCCCAGGGCACAGUCAACAUGUUGGGGCGCUGGCUGCACCUCUUGGGAGGUGUUCUGGAGAGUUUCAAAAUGGUGUGCUACUUGUCCUCACAUGUUCUCCUGCGUGUCAGGGAUCUGUUGCACCGUGGGCUGCUGUGUGGCCACUGCUUGCUGCAGCAGGUGUGGGAGGGCUGUGGCAUUGCGGUCAGCCUGGUGUUCUACCUGGUCAACACGGUGGUCAACCUGCUGCUCAUCGGGACACAGAACGUCUACUCUGUUGUAGUCAGCAUGUGGGAGGCAGUUUCCUGCCCCCUGCAGAAGGCUGUGGAGCUCACCCUCACACUCUUCACCUUUCUGUACAGCAGCCUGGUUGGCACCUCAGUCGUUCUCUGGACUCCCAUCAGGCUGGCCCUGGAGUUCAUGGGCUCGCUCGGACACAUCUUCGUCAGCGUCUUCCUCCUGAACAUCUAUGGCCUCAUUCUCACAGCGACCAUUGUUGUCACCGCUACAAUCUAUAUGAACCCUGAGCUGACCAGUCUUGGAGCCCGGCGCGCCUUCGGUUUUGUCAACUCUGUCCCCACCCUGCAUCUCAUACAGAGGGCGCUCCAUCACCUCUACGUGCUGGAGAGGGGCGUGUGGCAGAGGCUUCAGUGGCAGGCCAGCCGCCUACACCAAACGAUAACACCAGUCUACAGGAACAUCAGAGUGAGGGUUGACGGCAACGCCAGGCAACCUGAGCCCAGUGACAGAGAACAGGGGGCUCUUACGGACAGUAGGGAAGGAGACGCAGCACCACCCGCUGAACAUGCAGCCCGGCCACGCCAGCUAAUGGAUGACCUGUGGGACCUAGCGUUCCCCAGCUCCAGCAGCACAGACAGGCCUUUACAGAAACUCUCAUCGGGGGAGGGGUGCUCCAGCUCCAAGGGUCCCCCGGCCAACAACCUACUGACUCUGCUCAAGGAGCAUGAGGAGAGGAAGAAGUGUGUCAUCUGCCAGGACAGCACCAAGACAGUGGUGCUGCUGCCCUGCCGCCACCUGUGUCUGUGUCGGGACUGUACUCACAUACUGCUGCGCCAGCCCAUCUACCAGCAGAACUGUCCGCUCUGCCGCCAUAUGAUCCUUAAUACCAUGGAUGUGUAUCUCUGA